CGAAAUAGUGGAGAGGCAACUGUGCAACCAUGGAGCGCACCUACAUCAUGAUCAAGCCAGACGGCGUGCAGCGCAACCUGAUUGCGCCGAUCCUGGAGCGCUUCCUGGCCAAGGGCUACAUCCUUCGCGGCCUCAAGUUUUUGACGGUCUCCAAGUCGCUGGCGGAGACCCACUAUGCGGACCUCAGUUCCAAGCCCUUCUUUGGGGCGCUGGUUGAGUACAUCACCUCUGGACCGGUGGUGGCCAUUGCGCUGGAGGGCAAGGAUGUGGUGGCGCAGGGUCGUAAGAUCAUUGGUGCCACAAAUCCGGCUGCUUCUGCUCCCGGCACCAUCCGGGGAGAUUUUUGCAUUGAAGUCGGACGGAAUGUCAUCCAUGGGUCCGACAGUGUCGAGAGCGCUGAGCGCGAGCUGGGCCUGUGGUUCCCCGAGGGUCUUGUGGACAACACUCCGGUGCUGCUCAGCCAGAUUUACGAGUGAUCAGUACGAGUGACCAGCCGGGGGCAUCAUGAAGGGUCCAUGCGAAAGCGCCAGAGAGAGGCUCGCAUCGUGGAGCGAGCUGGCAGGUGUUACAUGAGCAGUCGUCAGGCACUGGGCAGAUGUUCAGAGGGGAAACUGUUGACCUUGUACACAUGCCUAUGCUUCUGCCGGGGCCUCCGCACAGAUCAGUGCAAAGUCGGCCACCAGCGAGAUGUGAUCCGAGGGCCAGGAUGGUGAGGGCAACGCGCAGUGCAGAGUUUGCAGCGGCGGCGGCUGCAGCACGCCCAGAGGCAGGAGACGAUAGUCGUGUGCCGCACCGUCAGAGCCGUCCCCUGGGGUGUACCAAAUGUAGUCCACACAGCCUAU